AUUGCGAGAUCAACUUACCGUAGUUGAAACAAAAUAUUAUUUUCAAAAUUAUGUUUGAUUAUAAUAAAUCGAAUGGGAUAGUUCCAAUACCAUAGAAUUAGACUUCUAUAAAUUUUAAAUGUGACUAUUAAUGGCCAAUGUAACGAAUGGCUGGAUUCAGCUGGUAUUUGUCUGAAGGCUUCCAAGUAAUAAUUGAGAAGUCUAGAGAAGAAAAAUGCUCAUUAAAAGAUGUACAAUUGCGUUUUCUGUGCCCUGAUGAUUUAGAAGAGGUAAGAGCACUAUGCAGAGAAUGGUUUCCAAUAGAAUAUCCACAAUCUUGGUACGAGGAUAUAACAUCAUCUGAGAAAUUUUUUGCUCUAGCAGCUGUAUAUAAGAGUCAAAUUAUUGGUCUCAUAGUUGCUGAGAUAAAGCCAUAUCUCAAGUUAAAUGCCGAAGAUAGAGGAAUACUAUCCAGGUGGUUCGCCUCCAAAGAUACCCUUGUAGCGUACAUACUAUCAUUAGGUGUAGUGCGUUCCUACCGGCGUUCAGGUGUGGCCACAUUACUGCUAGAUGUAUUCUUGAAUCAUCUAGCAGGCCCAGUGUCUCAGCCUCCACAUGAGCAUCGUGUUAAAGCAAUUUUUUUACAUGUCCUUACUACUAAUAAAGAAGCAAUACUGUUCUAUGAGAAAAAACGAUUUCACCUACACUCAUUUCUUCCCUACUACUAUUCCAUAAAAGGUAGAUGUAAAGAUGGAUUUACUUAUGUGUACUAUGUUAAUGGUGGACACGCUCCAUGGGGCCUCUAUGACUAUUUCAAAUAUGUUGCCAGAGCUGCUCUGAGAGGUGGUGGACUUUACCCUUGGAUAUGGGGAAAAUUUCGUACAGCGCUAACUAUAGCAUGGCACAGAUAACCAGUGAGUGACAUUUUAAAACAUAGACAAUUAAAAAUGUUUUUUAAUGACAGCAAACAGAUAUUAGAUAUAGACAAACUUAUGCUUGUCUUCCAAGUUUUACUAUACAGUGACUAAAUUUAUUAAAACUUUAUUGCCUUUGCCUUAUUCUACUUAAAGUUUCAGUAUAAUUCAUUUGUUUUCAAUAUAUACAUAAUGGCUGUGUACUCUUGCCAGAAAACUGGGCAGAGACAAAUUCAAACAGAACAAAGACAAUUAUUAUAAGAUGACUGGUAUGUAAGAAUUUAGUAUCCAUAUAAAUUUAAAAAGUAUAAUUUAAGAAGGUUUUUGUUGUGACUGUACUAAGGUCACUAAACAAUGCUAUUGUACUUGAAAAGUUUUUCAUUUAUAAUAGAGGCUAAUUAUAUAAUAAAUUGUAGAAAAGGUUAUGCAAACAUUUUCUUUAUUCUCAUUAAACACUGAGUUAAACACAAACCUAAAUACAGAUAUACUUUUUUAAGAAUCAUAGUAUAAAUUAACAACAUAGAUGAUUAAUAUAUAAAUUUUCAGCUGUUUUGAAAAUUUUUAUCACACCAUUUUUUUAUUAUUAACUAAAAAUAUAAGAAGCAAAUUAUACCCCUAUAUCCAAUAUUUUUCUUCAUUUUAUUUUCGCGCUUGUGUUAUUUCUAUUACAUCAUCAUACAACAUCAAUUAUGUUUAAGAAAGGAAGUUGCAUAGGAAAUUGCAGCUGUACUUGUAUAUAUAUUGAAGUAUGGAACGCAAUAAAUUAUUAUUGUAAGACGUCAAUACAUAAUUUUUUGUUCCAUCUAUGAAAAAUGUAAUAAACAUUAUUAAUAUUAAAAGCGAGGUACCUGGUCGUUCUGGUAUUUUUUUAGUCUAUUGUAAUGUAAGAAUUGGCACUUAAUUGUGACGUCAGCCAUUUUAUGUGAUUAAUUAAUUUUAUUAUCUUAAUAAAUUAAAUUUAAAUUAUCCGUUUACGUAAUAUAUAGUAGGUUAUUUUAUUAUUGAUAUGGUUGAAGUGUUAUCUAGAACGUAAUACGUAAUUUUGGACCCUUUGAAUUUUUAUUCAUAUCCAGAACGCAGUUAGUAACACGAAAUCGAAAGUAUGGAUUAAUUCACUGCCAGAGAUAUGAGCUGUAUUUAAAUAUAAGCAGUCUAAUGAAACCUCAUUGAAUAACUUUAAGAAAAAAAAUCUAGUCUGGCUGGAAUUAUGUAAAAAACAAGAUUAUAAAGUUUUAUCUAUUCGAAUUUUAUUUUUUUAUUAAAAUUAUCAUCUACAGCACGUCUUUUCGAUUUAAUUGUAACAUUUGUAAUAUAGAAACUACUUAGUACGUAUUGAGUAUAAAAGGCGUGGCAUGAAAUGUUGAAUGUCCCUGUGUGUUCACAUUAGGUAAAUUUGUACCGAGGAGUGCAUUAUUAAAUGUUAAAAUAUGCAACACAGUAACAUGGCGAAGUAAAUAUUUUCUGUAUUGCUUUUAAGUCAAGAAUGAUACAAUUCAAAUUUGGAAUAAGUAAUUGACAUAGAUGGAUUAUUUUGUAUAUAAAUUAGUACAUAGAUACUGACUAUAGAAGUAAUUCCUAACAGAGAGUAUCCUAAGUUUAUUUUUACCUGUUUUUCGCUGUAUUAACUAUUAACGUAAUAUUUUAUUUAAAUUUAGAAUUUUGUCCGAUUUUAAUUGACAUACCAAAGUCUGUAUGUAUUUCAUUAAUAGAUUUAUAUGUAAGGAAUGGUUAUUGACAAUUAUAGUAUUAUUUGUACGUGUUUAUUUGUGAUACGCUAAAAGUCAAAAUUAUUUAUGUCGCGCAAUUGAAUCAUCAUCACUGAUGUUGAGAAAAGUAUUGUUAAAUUAAUAUUUAAUUUCUUUAAUGUAAAAUAAAUAUCAUUGUUAA